UGCAUGUUGUAAUCUGAAUUUCGAGGUGCACUUUUUCUUGCCUGAGGAUGUCUUAGGUUUUCAUCGGUCAAAUUACAUUCUAAAUUCCAAGUAUAUCUCGGGAAGUGAUUCAGUUUUGUAAAGGAUUUCGAAUCCUCUCCUGUGAUAGUUCGCCUCCAAAGACUAUUAUGAGCUUUGAGGAUUAUGAAACUCUCCCCACGAAUAACGUUCUUGCCCACAUGACGGCAGGUGCCUUUGCUGGGAUUAUGGAGCACUGCAUCAUGUACCCCAUGGAUUCUGUGAAGACGAGAAUGCAGAGUCUCUCUCCAGCAGCCAACACAGGGGUGACAGGAAUCAGGGAUGUAUUUUUUCGAAUGGUAACCACAGAAGGAGUAUGGCGGCCUGUGAAAGGAAUUGGUGUUGUUGUGAUGGGAGCUGGGCCUGCUCAUGCCAUCUACUUUUCCUGUUAUGAAGCCAUAAAAGAUAACCUCACUUCGAGGCACUUCAUGAAUGAUGCAUUUUCAUAUGGAGCUGCCGGUUGUGUAUCCACAGUAAUCCAUGAUGGAGUCAUGACUCCCACUGAUGUCGUCAAGCAAAGGUUGCAGAUGUUCAACAGUCCAUACAAAUCAAUAGUCGAUUGCAUUCAACGCACUUAUCAGACUGAAGGCGUCAAAGCAUUCUAUAGAUCUUACACUACGCAACUUAUGAUGAACAUCCCAUUUCAGAGUAUUCAUUUCAUGACUUACGAAACAGCAACGAACUUCAUGAACCCCGAACGAACGUACAAACCAACUGCGCACAUGGUCUCAGGUGCUAUCGCAGGAGGAGUAGCUGCAGCAGUGACAACCCCCCUAGAUGUUUGUAAAACUCUGUUGAAUACGCAGGAAGGAGAGCGGAAGAUAUCAGGGUUGGUGAAUGCAAUCAAAGCUGUGUACAGACUAGGAGGACCAUUCGGAUAUUUCAGAGGUUUGCGAGCCCGAGUUUUAUUCCAGAUGCCCUCAACAGCGAUUUGCUGGUCCACGUAUGAAUUUUUUAAAUAUAUGUUAAUAUCAAGUAAAUGCUACGAUUCAAAAACUAUCCUUGCAGAGAAGUAUCACCCAAAAGAAGACGGACUUAAAUACAGUCAACCCGGACCUCCUUCGGUGUCGGAGCCGGAAUCUUGGGUUAGUAAUGUUGGCCGGGAAUUACCAGCCAUAUCAUCUAAUUCCCACUUAUUCAAUAACAGUUUGGCUUUUACCACAGUACACAAGGAUACUGUAACGAAUCCUAAUAUGUUGGACUUCACUCGUAGCUAGGAAAUUAUUUUAUCUUCUGUUUUACUUAGUUUGUUUGUGAAAUCUUUACCUAGUUUUUUGUUUUUUGUUUUCAUGGAGACAAUAUGUUUAGUACUCAUUUUUCAAUUUUCAAUUCAAUGAAACUGGGCAAGAUAGUCAACAAAUUGAAGGACAACAGUUAAAAGGAACAGAAAAUGAAAUUCACUUUUUGAAGCUCUUUAAUGUAGGCAUGAUGUACCAAGUGGUUGAAAAAUCCAGCUUCAAUACAAUGUAGCAGGAUAUGAUAUCUCAUUUCAUACCUUAUGAACCGUAUUUUAAAUUUGAUGCACUCAUUUGUGAUGCAUAGGCAGCUUUCAUUCUGUAAGUGGAAGAUGAGCCGACAGAAAUUAUUACUGUCAUUGAGCGAUUUUCCCUUUAUCUUCAAUUAAAUAUUAACUUUUCAUUUUUCAGUUUUUGAAAAGCUUUAGUUUUUCUCCAUAAUUUCAGUCUUGAUUCAACCAAAUUCACUUCAAAGGAGUUUGAGUUCAUUGCUUGUUGUUGAAAGCACUUUUCUUUUGAUUUCAUAAAAAUUGAAUUCUGUAACAGCAGUCUUUUCAAAUCAAAAAACAUUGAGCUCUGCUAUGUGAUCCUACCCCUUCUCCGCCAGAGUGAUUUUUCUUGAACACAGGAUACGUAUUCAAUCAAACUUUCAUUUUUCUUCAGAAAGCAUGCUAAAUUUUGGAACAUUUAUAAAUUAACACUAUCUUUUUCCACUUACCUGUGGAAAUGUGGCGGAGUAAAUUUCCAUGAGUAUUACUUGUGAAGUUACUGAAAUCUGCCACUCACUCAGCAGAGUAUAACCAAUAUCUUGGAAAAUGUAAAAGCUACCAUCCAUCGUUCAUCAUCAUCUUGCUAACUGUUACUCGGUUCAUUAUUUUUCUCGGUUUCUUUUCAUAAUUAAAAAAAAAACAAAAACAAAACAAAAAAAAACAAAGAGCUUUCUAUCUCUUGUUGUAUUUUUUUUUUAUUUAUUUUUUUUAAAGUUGUUUUCAGAGUAUAACUGAAUGGUAGCUCAGUUUGCUUUUAAACUUCGAGGUUGCAAAAUAGGUUUAACAUCUGCUUUGUAGGUUUUAUUUAAAACCAUUGUGAAACCCACUCACAACCAAUGUGCUUUUAUAGUGAUUUAUUCUUUGGGUACAAAAUAUUAUAUUUCCAUGGGGAAUCCCAGUGUAAAGUCUUUCUUUGGGUCGUCAUUGUCCAUACCAAUAAUAAACCUAUUUUUUCUUUUCAAUUAAGUGUUCGUGUGGACAAUAUUGAUCGUAAGGAAAACUUAUCACUGUCAUUGUUAGCCCUCUGUCAAACUAGUGUCUGACAAAAGGCUAACAAGACACUCAAGAGUGUCUUUACCAAAGUAAUCCAAUGAUUUCUUUCUUAGAAGAAGACUCAGCAAAUACACCUCAUUUAGACUUCUUGUUAGAAUCAAAGGACAGAAGGUAGUAGUAAGAAAUUUCUCUAAGUGUCAUGGUACUUGUCUAAUUGGCUUUUUUUUAAUGCUGAUCCCUACUCAUUGUUUCGAUCUUAAUGUGGAAGUCUUUGGUCAACUAUGAACUUAAUUUUAUUCAUUAUUUAUAAUUUUAUAGGCAUUGCGCUUUUUUUUUUCACCAAAUAAUACAUCUUUGUAAGCAGGUAACCUGAACUUUUCGUAUUAAGGUAGUUUUUUAUUUGCACUUUGAAGAUAAUACUUAAGGCAGAAAUUCUAACAUGAGUCUGGAAAAUUCUUUGACUCCUUGGAACUUGCUUUAAAUGCCUUAAGGUGGUUAUGAGAAGGGAUAAUUUCUUAGGGAAGAUCUGAAGUUCUUUUAGGAUGUUUCUAGUCAAGUAGAUUUGAAAGAGAAAUCAAGUCUGGGACGUUCAUAGAGAAUCUUAAAAUUCCCACCUUACGAUCCUCCGUGCUUACAAAGUAGGGCGGCCUAAAAUUUAAGUACGCUGAUAAUGUGCUCUCACUUCUUAAACCAUUAGGAUUCAAUUAAAAAAUUUUCCUGCAAAUUUUUACUAAAGUUGAUUAAUUUAAUCCAUACCUCAUGCAGCUCAAUUUUGGCAUUUAAAUUCAAGGAAAAAAGAAGAAAAAUCUCUGGAAAUAAAGACAUUGUAAGUUUUAUGUCCAAAAUUUUAGUGUUUACAGUGUACAUAUAUUUAGAUACUAAAUCAAUAAAUGGCUCCGUUCUUCUCUAGGUAUCUUGUCACCAAUUAUGCUACAUUAUCUGAGGAAAGAUGGACAGUGGGAUGCAGUAGGUCUCAUGAUGUAUAUGGAUUAAAAUAAUCCAGCUGUGGUAGAAGUGUGAGGGAAACAUUUUUAGUCAAUCAGAUUUAAGGGCAGGAGAACCAAAACAUACUCUCCAUUUGUGCGCUAAGACCAUCCUACUAUGGAAGCAAGUUAUAUAAUUCUAUUUACUUCCUUUUUUUCUGUCUUAAAUUGUUUUACUUUUAAUUAUUCUAGGAUGAUUUUAAAAUAGCUUUUUUAAAUUCUGAAUGCAAUGAUUAUCUAAGAGACUCUUUUCAAAUGGAGUAAUAUUAAGCUGGUACUGUUUUUUUUUAAUUUUUUCUUCUUCUUUUAUCUAUUAGUUUUAUUUUUUUGUUGCUUAACUUAGCUGAGGCUUAAAAUAGCUCUUUAGUGGAAGUUCUUGGAUAAAAAUGUGAAGUUGCAGAAAUGAGUAUAAAUCAAAAUAUUCCAACAUGCUAGACUAAAAUCACUUUCAUGAUCUCCUGUCAUAAAUAACUUGCUGUAAGACACAUGAACAGUAAUUGUCCAGUCUAUUAACAGUAUAUUUUAACAGUAAAACUACUUACUUUAGUGUGACUUUAACUUCAAGAUCCAAAAAAAGUUUCUAAUCAUAAUUUUGGGUAGACGGUGCAAAGAAAUCUACAAAGGUCAAGAAACCCCAUCUUCCAUAAGUCCAUCUUUAUUCUAGCUUGGUCUUAUGCCUCUUUAUGGUUUUGUAAGGAGUAUUUAAGUCUUGCUUUGACGUAUUGAUGCAUUUUGAUAGAAUCAGUAAUGAAAACACCACAAUUGAUCUAUGUAAAUUAUCACUACCGAGCUUUUUCGUUAUCAAAUUUAGUAGUGUGCUGAAAAUUCAAGUGUUUGAAGCUAGUUCAUGGAAAUUUUCUCGAUGAAGAUUUGAAACUUCUCCAUUGUAUUAAUUUUUGUAGACUUUAAAAUUUUACUGCGCAGUGAAACUGACGAAAUUAGUCCUGCAGGUAUAUCAAGUCUCUCCCAAGAUAGAAUGGUUUGAUACAGGCUAUGGCCUGCAUCUCAGGAGAACAUAAUUAUAACUCUACUCAUUUGAAAUUGAAGAGUACAAGCCUGACCCUUGAUUGACACAGAUGUAGGGUUGGCAACUAUCAUUGCUUCGAACUUCCCAUUGAACUGUUGAAACUGCUUGAACAUCUCUUGUGACAUCUCCCCAUUUCUCUUUUGAAUCCAGCAUUACAGAGAUAAUAUUAUACAUUAAUAAGGUAGUUCUUAAUUUUGAUUCAAGAGAUUUCCUCUUUAAUUAAAAUUGGGGCAUCGGAAGAGAAUAUGUCGUGCAUUAAAUAACAAAGUAGAAUUAUUUUUUUAAAAAAUUUGAUCUUCUGUGAUCUUGAUGUAUACGGAGAUUAUUUUUCUAAUUUUAAUUUUUUAAAGGUCAUCAUUGAUGCUCUAUCUAAUAAUUAUUCUUGUUUGUCUCUUCCUAUCCCAAGGCUCCAUGACGAUCCAUCCCUCCCUGCUCUAUCCCAUGCUUUUGAUUCAUUCCUGACCUCUCUCAAACAGUUGUUUCCACUGUAAGUAAGUGAACAGUAUCAAUUUAUUUAGAGGGCAAGAU